CAGUGUGGACGGCUGGCUGUCACCAUCACGCCUGGCCACAUCCAGCACGGCUACAUGGUUUAAUGCGAUGCCCUGCGAAUUCAUUGACCAUGGCUAGCCUACGAAUUUGGUUCACGCUAGUUGUCCAGGCUGUCUUGUACACAACUUGUGACGCUCUAUGGUGUAACUGCACCACGGUCCAGUGUGAAAAGUCUGGCUCCCAGUGUGAGACCGAUGGGGCCUGCAUGGCCUCCACUUCCUUCAUUGAUGGCCAAGAGCAGCACAUCCGCGUUUGCAUCACACGGGACAAACUUGAACCACCUGGACAGCCAUUUUACUGCCUCAGUGCAGAGGGGCUACUCAACAUCCACUGCUGUUACACUGAUUUCUGCAACAGCAUUGACCUUAAAGUACCCUCUGGUUACGGCUCAGCUGGGACAUGGGGGCCAGUGGAACUUGUGGCUGUGAUUGCGGGGCCGGUGUUUCUGCUGUGUUUGCUGCUGUUGGUGGGCAUGUUCCUGUUUCAGUACCAUCAGAGGGUAUACAGCCACAGGCAGCGGCUGGAGGUGGAGGAUCCCUCAUGUGACCACCUCUACCUGGCCAGGGACAAGACUCUGCAGGACCUCAUUUACGAUCUGUCCACAUCUGGCUCAGGCUCUGGCCUGCCUCUGUUCGUACAGCGGACUGUGGCCAGGACUAUCGUCCUGCAGGAGAUCAUUGGUAAGGGGCGUUUUGGCGAAGUGUGGCGGGGUCGCUGGAGGGGAGGGGAUGUGGCAGUGAAGAUAUUCUCAUCCAGAGAGGAACGCUCGUGGUUCCGUGAGGCAGAAAUAUACCAGACCAUCAUGCUCCGACAUGAGAACAUCCUGGGCUUCAUAGCUGCCGACAACAAAGAUAAUGGCACAUGGACUCAGCUGUGGCUGGUGUCAGACUACCACGAGCAUGGCUCCCUGUUUGACUACCUGAACCGCUACUCUGUCACCAUCGAGGGCAUGAUCAAACUUGCACUGUCAGCAGCCAGUGGCUUGGCACAUUUGCACAUGGAGAUUUUAGGCACUCAAGGAAAGCCAGGCAUUGCUCACCGAGAUCUCAAGUCCAAGAACAUCCUAGUGAAGAAAAACUGUACAUGUGCAAUCGCUGACCUUGGCUUGGCUGUCCGCCAUGAGUCUGCCACAGACACCAUCGACAUCGCCCCCAAUCAGAGGGUGGGCACCAAGAGGUACAUGGCCCCGGAGGUCCUGGACGAGACUAUCAACAUGAGGCACUUUGACUCAUUUAAAUGUGCAGAUAUCUACGCUCUGGGGCUGGUCUACUGGGAGAUCGCUCGCCGCUGUAACAGUGGAGGCGUCCAUGAAGAAUACCAGCUGCCCUACUAUGACCUGGUACCUUCUGACCCCUCCAUAGAGGAGAUGAGAAAGGUGGUUUGUGACCAAAAGCUUCGACCCAAUGUCCCAAAUUGGUGGCAGAGCUACGAGGCCCUGCGGGUUAUGGGAAAGAUCAUGAGGGAGUGUUGGUAUGCCAACGGAGCUGCCCGCCUGACGGCCCUGCGCAUCAAAAAGACGCUGUCCCAGCUCAGUGUGCAAGAGGACAUUAAAGUCUGAGCUAAGUCAGCAUGGCACUGAGAAAGAGCACUUAACGAGGGCCCCUGUCUCCGGCUGUAGGACACUGAGAGUAACAGGCAGGGCCCUCCUCAAAGAACGCACACACUAAGAGGAAAGAGUAGAACAUGGCAAUUUGUAAAAUUUGACUCCCUAGACACUCCUGCCAGUUUUGAAGCCACCUGAUUUUUGACAAACCCUACCUCGCUUACCCAGCCAAACUACCAAGAACACCUUUCCUGUCUUGUCCUCAACUAUUCCUGCCCUGGCUGUCCCCUUUUCCUCUCUACAUAUCCCACUAACAAGACUGCAGACUCCCUGACAGUGACCACGUUUCUCUCCCUGGCAGAAAUGUCCUGUAUACUUUUAUGCAAUUAAUAACAGGAUAUGUAAUUAACAUGUAAACAUUUAAAAAAAAAACAUUUUCUGACUUUUCCUCAGUCUUUUUUUAUGACAUUUGCUCAAAAUAUAACCAGUAACAUUUUUUUUUCUUCACUUUGUAGGAUUUAAGCUGGGAGAGGGUUAAACUCAUUACUUACCGUCUUAUUUAAACCAGUAGUUCUUGUGAUAAAAUAUGGUAAUUUGUGUGGGUAUUAUGUAAGUUCCUCUGUGGCAUGCCUACAGCAUGCAGGCACAUAGCAAACUGCUCCGAAAUCCGUCAAGGCAAAAAAUCUUUUAUCUAGUUCUGCUGCAAUAGUGUGUUUUAUUUGUUUUGUUUUGUUUUUUGUGUAUGCCGGUUACCAUGUAGGCAUGUACAAUGCAGUUUGAGACAGUUGCUGUAAAUGCUGACCUAGGUCUUUAAGCAAUUUGUUUUCAGACCCAUGCACUUCCAGAGUUAAGACCUUCAAACUACUGGAGCAUUUUGGCACCAAGCCAAACAUUCAGCCUUUUGACCACAUGCCCAGAGCUCUUACCAUAAGUUGUUUUAAACCUCAGGUGUGCUUACUGAUCCACGGGCUUUUAGUUUUUGGUCUGUUGAAGCCAAAACACUUAAGCCUCAGCAAAGUAAAAUUCUCAACAAUACGUUUCAUCACAGAGGAGGAUUUGAUGUAGAUUGUUGCCUGGCAGUAGUUUCUGAUUGGCUUGCCCAUGACUUGUUACUUCUUGCCCUUGAGCGUUGCAGCGGACACUCUGUCUCCUGUUUGACCCGCAGAGUUUCAGAGCAUACCUGCCGUGAAAACUGAACCUCAUCUGUUACAAGUAAUCAGAUCAGUUGGCAUACAAGGCUGAGUACCUCAGUUCUCCUCUGCAGCAAUCAUUACUUACACUGUACCGAAAUUGGAGGGAAGAAAGUGAUCAAAUCUAAUUAUGUGUGAUGUAUUUUUUUAGCCAUUUUUUAAAUGCGUAAACUAAUUCCAGUAAUCUGAAUGAUAGUUUGUUUUUAUGUUGAAAUUUUUAUAUUCUCACAGCACAUCCAAUGUUGUUUUCCCCUCAGGGCACUUAAUCCCUGGCCAAGUAUAACUACUGUGUAUAUAAAAUAACUUUUUAAGAUGGAACACUGUAUAUAUUGCAUUUUGAUUUUGAUUUGAUUUUUUUUUUUUUUUUUUUUUUUUUUUGUACUUGCAUCUUUCUUGGUUGGAAGGAAAUCAAAGGCUUCUGUUUUGCUGUUCUUAAAUGAAUGAUGUACCAAUGUACUUUCUGACCUCCAAAGCAAUGCUACUGUAUGUAAAUCACUGGGACAUUUUGUUGCCUAUUUUGACUUUCUCCCAGAUAGUCUCCUGUUACUGUAGAACACUAUUUGUUCAUUUUUAAUCAGUACUUCCCUUCACUUCUUUUCUGCUCACCAUACAAUACCUCCUUCAUGUGCAAAUUGUAAAUGGUUUGUUUCAUUUAAGCUAUCAAAUCACUGUCUUAAGCUUCUCUCCACAUUUUUAUAUGUUCUUAAGAAAACUGGUGCACUGUUGUAUUUUAGUUGCGUGCAAACGCAAAAGGUACUGCUGAUGUAAAGUCUCUCCGAUGUUAUUUAUAAUGUGUUUGUAUGCUGUGAGUCCCUGUGAAAGCCUGAGAGACCGUGUGUGCACUACUGACCUCACAGUGCUAGAACCAAACUGUGUUCUCAGCAGCAUCUUUGGCCAUGGUCUCCAGUGUUUAUUAAAGAUCGCAUCACUGAAAACUGAGAAUGUUUAAACAGGUCAUGCCGAUCAAUCGUAGAACACUCUAACAUUAUGAUUUCAGAUUCUAAGAGAUCUGAUAUUCCUUAGGACUUUUGGCAAAAAAAAAAAAAAUGUCUGUAGCACAAAAUGUAACCUUAUUUGUGAAAAGUAAAUACUACUGAUAUGUCUCAAUGCUGUCUCACAUAUAAUGUGCUUGACUAGUAUUUAUUUCAUUUAGAAUCUUAUGCCCAUCUGCAUUGUAAUUUUUUUUUUUUUUUUUUAUCAUCAUUAAGUCUUAGGAGAUGUCCGUAAGAACACAGUGACUGCUCGAUUGCACUUGCUGUUGAUUUUGGCUGGUAAGACAGGGCCUGGGAGCUCCCGUGUGAUAGGUGGGUGAAUGUCAAACACAUUUGUGCGCAGAAGGGGGGGUGGUCAAAAUAUAACCUAAUUUUGCCUUAUGGUGGGGAAUAUUCCUAAUUUAUUUUUUUUAUGAAUUCCUUGUUUCAAGUACACCUUCCAACAAAUAUAAACCCUGGAGUGUCAAAGAAAUGUUGUAUUGUGCAAGUCCUCACAGCUCCCAGGUCUCUGUGCAGUCAUGGCAGAGAAAGUUGCAUCUGUGUAAAAGGACUUUUCCCCCAGUCAUGUAACAUCUCAUGUAGAGGAAUAAAUACAGGUGUUUUUCUCUGUA